CUUCCGGCCUGUGGUAUAAUCUUCUACAAUCGUACAACUUUCUACACUUUCUUUCAGAAAAAUUUUGCAUUGCGUCCAUUGAAAACCCGUCAUCAACCCUUAUCGAUCCGCCGGUCGUGACAGCUCGACUGGAAUACAGAUGUAUUGAGGACUUUGAUGAAUCAUCAUCUUUCAGGAGGUUCUCCUUUCAGCCACUCGCUUGUGACACCGCCGCCAUUAUGAAGUCGUCUCUGUUGUCCUGGACCCUCUUUUCGCUCGCUAUAGUCCCUUCGCUAGCUACAAAUGUCUUCAAGAGAGAAGAGGGAACAGUCGCUGAAGAUGGGCCCGCCAAUACGAUUUUCAAUGGAGUUGAAGUUCCACCACAAUUGGAACUGACCCAGGAUAACUUUAAAAGUGCUAUUUCAGAUGGAUACUGGUUUGUUAAACAUUUCUCGCCAUCCUGUCCGCACUGCCAACAGAUUGCGCCUACAUGGCAAACAUUAUAUGAAUUCUACUAUACCUCCAACCCACUCUCCUCCUCUUCCGCCAAAUCUCCGGACUCGGGUGCAUCACUGAACUCGUUCACAGGAUAUUACGAUUUCCAUUUUGCGGAGAUGAAUUGCUUGGCUUUCCGAGAUUUAUGUGUGCAAUUGGAUAUUAAAUUCUUUCCUACGUUCUCCCUCUAUCACAAUGGUGAACUGGUUGAGCAAUAUUCCGGCAAAAAAGAUAUGCAAGGAUUGAGCGAUUUUAUCGAAGAGAAGCUGGAACAAAUACGUCCUGGAUCUCGCCCUGCCAGUGGACUCAAAUUGCCUGAACCAGGCGCCAAGAGCGUCGAUGUCGCCGCUGAGCCAGAUGUUCCCAAAGCAAAGGAUAAAGAUCCUGCCGCUGGCGUCAAAGCUGCCGAAGAUCAUAAUGAGAAAAUCUCGCAGUUGACGGAAACGACGGAUAAGAAGGAACCAAAACCUGCUUCCAAAACAACUGAAAAGAAACCCGAGAGGCCCGUGAAUAACUACAAUCCUCAAGGAAGUUCUGUUCCUUUAACAGCUGAGAGCUUUCAAAAGUUUGUUACACGAACGCGCGAUCCCUGGUUUGUGAAGUUUUAUGCUCCGUGGUGCCAUCAUUGCCAAGCUCUGGCUCCUGCCUGGCAAACAAUGGCUAAGGAGAUGCAGGGGAAGCUCAACGUCGGUGAAGUCAAUUGCGACGUGGAAAAGCGACUCUGCAAAGAUGCCGGCGUCAAGGGCUUUCCCACAAUGUUAUACUUCAAGGGAGGGGAAAAAGUCGAAUAUGAAGGUCUUCGUGGGGUGGGCGAUCUUAUCAGUUACGCUCAGAAAGCAGUAGACACUAGCGCCGGUGUCAAAUAUGUGGAUGCAGCGACAUUCAAGGAAAUGGAGGAAACCGGUGAAGUCAUCUUUCUCUACUUUUUCGACAAAGCAACAACUUCCGAGGACUUUGCAGCCUUGGAGCAGUUGGCUUUACCUCUUGUGGGACAUGCUCGGCUGGUCAAAACCGAUAGUGAAAUACUGGCGGACAGAUUCAAGAUCUCGACAUGGCCUCGCUUGCUUGUUGUCAGAGACGGAAGGCCAACUUACUUCAAUGCUUUGGCCCCGUAUGAUAUGAGAGACAAUCCUCGCGUCUUGGAAUGGAUGCGAAAUCACUGGCUGCCGAUUGUACCGGAGCUAACGGUAUCGAACGCAAAGGAAAUCAUGCAAAACAAAUAUGUCGUCCUCGGUAUUCUCAGCCACAAGCGGUCCGAUGAGUUCCGUCUUGGUCAGGCCGAAUUGAAGAAUGCUGCUUUGGAGUGGAUGGAUAAGCAAACCCAGCUGUUCCGUCUGGAGAGACAGGAGCUCCGAGAUGCCAAACAAUUGCGCAUUGAAGAGGCUGAAGACCGUGAUGAUCAGCGAGCUUUACGCGCUGCAAAGAGCAUGCAUAUCAACAUUCGAGAGGAGGACAAGAAGCAAGUCGCUUUUGCUUGGGUUGAUGGUGAUUUCUGGGACCGCUGGUUGCGCACUACGUACGGAAUUGACGUGAAGGACGGUGAGCGAGUCAUAAUCAAUGAUGAAGAUAACCGGCGCUACUGGGACAGCACUAGUAGCGGUGCUCACAUCAUGCCAUCCCGAACUUCAAUCCUCGAGACCAUCCCCUUGGUAAUUAGCGACCCACCAAAGCUUCGAUCCAAAUCUACAAUUGGAUUCUUUGAAGCUACGUUUUUCCAUACCAAGUCUUUCAUCACCACUCACCCUAUUUGGUCCGCCAUUAUCCUUGUUAUAAGUUCCAUUGCGAUCUUUAUCACAAAUCGCAGGAGACUACUCAGACGAGGACUCCCCACGCAUGGAAAUAAUACUAGUGGUGGCAUCCUCGGAUACGGAGCUGGGACUGGCGGUGGCGGCUUCUUUAGUCUUGACAGUAAGGAAGGGUUAUUGAACGGAGGAUCAACUGGCAAGGUGGAUUAGUGACGAAUUAUACAUGGUGUUUUGUUUUCGUGUUUAUGUAACUUUCUUUUUUUAUUAUAAGAAUUCUUUUGUGUACUAUGUUUUUGGUUGCAGUCUUUUGAGCUUUUCCAUGAAUAUACUAAAGAGUGUGAGAAUGGGAUUUUCCCCAUCAACUUCAUAUAUUCUCCCUUUUCUCUCUUGGUGCUGAUACGGAUUGUUUUCUGGUUGCUUUAGCGAGUUCCCUAGGUAUAAAUUGGUUGAUGGCUUAC